GCCUCCUAUCCCAUCCACCUCUCCCUCUCCAUCCCGCCCCCAACCACGCCCUCUCAAGGCAUCACUCGAGCGCAGCGCAAGCAGACUCGACUGCACCGCUCUCGCUCACUGAGCCUGCGCACCUGGCCCGCCUGUCCUGCUCGCCGGCCUCGCCUCUCCCGACGCUCGCUCCUCCUCGGCCUCACGUGGCGUACACCUCGCUCUCUGACGUCCACCUGCCACUCUCUCUGCUUCUCUCUGCGCCGCACUUCUCAUCCGUAGCGCCUCUCCGCUACGCACGCUCUUCGGAGCCCGACCCUGCCCAGCAUGGCGUCGCGCUCGCAGCCCGCGGCCGAGGAUGUGGCCGUGCUCGCCGAGCUCGGCAGCAUCACGGCCGACAGCAUCUUCGGCGUGCUCCGGGACCGCUUCUUCUCGGCGCUGCCGUACACGCGCCUCAGCGACUCGGUGCUCGUCAGCGUCAACCCGUUCGCCGCGCCGGGCAACCGCAACAGCGACGAUGCGAUGCGCGACUACACGCGCGACUACCGCGAGACGAGCAAGCAGAACCGCCUGCGCAGCUUGCCGCCGCACAUCUUCGGCACGGCGUGUGAUGCGUACUUCUACAUGCGCCGCACGGGUCAGGACCAGAGCAUCUUGCUUGCCGGCGAGACCUCGUCCGGCAAGACUGAGCUCCGGCGGCUGGCCGUGCGCACGCUCGUCGACCUCAGCGCGCCGGCGCCGGGCAAGAAGGGCUCGAAGCUGGCGUCGCAGAUCCCGUCGGGCGAGUACAUCCUCGAGUCGCUCGGCAACUCGCGCACGCUCGAGAAUGCCAACGCCUCGCGCUUCGGCAAGUACACGGAGCUGCAGUUCAGCGAGAGCGGGCGCAUCGUGGGUGCCAAGACGCUUGACUACUACCUCGAGCGCAACCGCGUCGUCAGCUCUGCCGGCAGCGAGCGCAACUUCCACGUCUUCCACUACCUCGUCGCGGGCGCCAGCGACGAGGAGAAGGAGUUCCUGCACAUCAGCGAUGCCGCCUCGUUCCGCUACCUCGGCUCGCAGCGCGGGCACCGCGACGACGUGCGGGAAGACGCGGCGCGCUUCAACCGCCUGAAGCAGGCGUUCAAGAACGUCGGCCUCUCGAAGCGCCACGUCGCGUCGAUCUGCCAGGUGCUGGCGGCCAUCCUGCACCUCGGCAACCUCGAGUUCUUCCAGGACCGCCACCGCACGCAGGACUCGGCGUCGAUCCGCAAUCCCGACGUGCUGCAGGUCGUCGCCGACUUCCUCGGCGUCGCGGCCAAGGAGCUCGAGGAGGUGCUGACGUACAAGACCAAGAUGAUCAAGUCGGAGGUCUGCACGAUUCUGCUCGACGCCGACGGCGCGGCGGCGAACCGCGACGAGCUGGCCAAGUCGCUCUACUCGCUUCUCUUUGCCUGGCUCAACGAGCACAUCAACGAGAAGCUCUGCCGCGACGACUUCGACUCGUUCAUCGGCGUCUUCGACCUGCCGGGCUUCCAGAACCAGCCGCGCGGCAACUCGCUCGACCAGUUCUGCAUAAAUUUCGCCUGCGAGUCGCUGCACCGCUACAUGCUGCGCAGCGUCUUCGAGCGCAACCGCGACGAGUACGCGGACGAGCAGAUCAGCUACCUGAGCCCCGACGUGGCCUUCUUUGACAACGCCGAGUGCAUGCGCCUGCUGACGAACCAGCCCGGCGGCCUCGUGCACAUCAUGGACGACCAGGCGCGCCGCAUGCCCAAGAAGACGGACCAGACGAUGGUCGAGGCGUUCGGCAAGCGCUGGGGCAACCACCCCUCGUUCAAGGUCGGCCCCGUCGACCGCAGCGGCUACAGCACUUUCACGAUCAGCCACUUUGCCGGCCCGGUCACGUACUCGUCCGAGGGCCUGCUGGAGCGCAACUCGGAGAUCGUCAGCCCCGACUUUGUCUCGCUGCUGCGCGGCCAGCACAGCGAGCCGGGCAAGAGCGCCGCCGACGUGCCGGGCGCGCAGAGCGCCGGCUCGAGCCUGGCCUUCGUGCGCGGCCUCUUCAUGACGCGCGCCCUCGCCACGCAGGCGCACCCCAAGAGCGAGCAGACGAUCGUCAGCGCGCAGCAGUCCGUCAAGCCGAUGCGCCAGCCGUCGAUGCGCAAGCCGAGCGGCCGCAGCGGCGGCACGAUCCGGCGCACCGGCACGCAGCGCCGCGGCGGCAACCUGGCGCCGGGUGGCGCAGCCGACGAGGACGACUCUGAUGAUGAUGCGGCGCAGGAGGCCGGUGCUGGCGGCAGCAGCAAGAAGGCCAGCAUCCACUGUGUCGCCGGCGAGUUCCGCGGCGCGCUCGACACGCUCUUUGAGACGCUCGACGACACCAAGCCGUGGUUCGUCGUGUGCCUGCGGCCAAACGACAACCAGCUGCCAAACCAGUUCGAGGCGCGCGUUGUCAAGCAGCAGAUCAAGACGUUUGGCAUUGUCGAGAUGGCGCGCAAGCUGCUCAACGAGUACAGCGUGAACAUGACGUGCGAAGAGUUCUGCGAGCGCUACGCCGACGUGCCUUCGCUCGCCGCCGCCACGCUGCACGGCGCCACGGGCGGCGAGGCAAAGCAGAAGUUCUCGGCUGUCAAGGAGGUCAUGGGCUGGAGCGAAGCUGAGGCCGCGUCUGGCCGCGUCAAGGUGUUCCUCUCGCACUCGGCGUUCCGCGAGCUCGAGGACGAGCUGCGCGCGGCCGACCCCGAGGAGGUGCGCGCCAACGAGCGCAAGGCGCUGCUGGACGCCGACGCCGCCGCGCGUGGCGAGUCCGACCCCUUUUCGCCGCUCGGCGUCCUGGAGGAGCAGAGCAACACGGCGCCCGGCAGCCCGGGCCUCGUGGGCACGUACGGCAACCCGUUCCAGGAGCGCAGCACUGCUGCGCUGCCUCUCGUGGGCCACGGCGGCACGCCCGGGCGCGAGGACAGCAUGGACGACGCCAAGAGCGCCUACUCGGACAUGACGGGCCUCGGCCCGCGGCGCAGCUACACGGCGCAGAGCUUUGCGGCGCCGUCGAUCAUGGGCUCUGAGGCCUACGCGCCGUCGCGCAACAUGUUCGCCGACGUCAACGAGAAGGGCGGCGCGUCGCCCGGCUUCACGGCGCCUGUCGAUGCGGGCAUCGUGCGCGAGGAGAUCCGCACGACGUCGGCGCGCAAGAACUGGGUGCGCUUCACGUGGCUGCUCACAUGGUGGGUGCCGAGCCCGCUGCUCUCGUGGUGCGGCGGCCUCAAGCGGCCCGACAUCCGCAUGGCGUGGCGCGAGAAGCUUGCGAUCAACAUGAUCAUCUGGUUCAUCUGCGCCGCCGCCAUCUUCGUCAUUGCGUUCCUCGGCAACAUCAUCUGCCCCAAGGAGCACGUCUACUCGGCCAACGAGUUCAGCAACCACAAGGGCGGCGACGACUCGUUCACCAGCAUCCGCGGCGAGGUGUUCAACCUCAACAACAUUGUCGCGUUCCACCGCAACCAGAUCAGUGUCGUCGCCGACAAGGUGCUCGAGGCGUACGCCGGCGAGGACGCGACGAACCUCUUCCCCGUGCAGGUCAACGCGCUCUGCAACGGCGUCGACGGCAGCGUCAGCCCGUACGUACAGCUCUCGGGCGCCAACACGACGAGCUUCCCCAACGCCAAGUACCACGACUUCCGCUCCAUUACGUCUGACCCGCGCCCCGACUGGUACUACGAGUCGAUGAUCAUCAUGCGCAGCAACUUCCGCGUCGGCUUCAUGGGCUACACGCCCGACGGCAUCCAGGACCUACUCGACAAGGGCCGCGCCAUUGUCGUGUACCGCAGCGGCGUGUACGACUUCACCGAGUACAUUGCUCAGGGCCGCCAGGGCGUGCUCGACGCGCCUGACGGCAGCGCCGCGCCGGCCGGCGUGAACCGCGCGUUCAUGAGCAACGUGCUCAUGGACCUCAUCGUGCAGAACCCGGGCAAGGACAUUACCGCGUCGCUGGACCGCCUCAACAUCGGCAACGACGUGCUCGACCGGCAGCGCGUGUGCAUGCGCAACCUGUUCUUCAUCGGCAAGACGGACUCGCGCAACUCGCCGCGCUGCCAGUUUGCGCGCUACCUGCUCCUGGCGCUGUCCAUCUUCAUGAUCUCGAUCAUCGGCUUCAAGUUCCUUGCGGCGCUGCAGUUCAGCCGCGUGCGCAAGCCCGAGGACCACGACAAGUUUGUGCUGUGCCAGGUGCCGUGCUACACCGAGGGCGACGAGUCGAUGCGCAAGACGAUCGACUCGAUUGCGGCGCUCAAGUACGACGACAAGCGCAAGCUGCUCUUCAUCAUCUGCGACGGCAACAUCGUGGGCGCGGGCAACGACCGCCCGACGCCGCGCAUCGUGCUCGACAUCCUCGGCGCCGACCCGAACCUGGAGCCCGAGGCGCUCAGCUUCCUCUCGCUCGGCGAGGGCAACAAGCAGCACAACAUGGCCAAGGUGUACAGCGGCCUGUACGAGCACGCCGGCCACGUCGUGCCCUACGUCGUCGUCGUCAAGUGCGGCAAGCCGACGGAGCGGCAGCGCCCGGGCAACCGCGGCAAGCGUGACUCGCAGCUCGUCCUCAUGCGCUUCCUGAACAAGGUGCACUUCGGCCUCCCGAUGAACCCCAUGGAGCUCGAGGUGUACCACCAGAUCAAGAACGUCAUCGGCGUCAACCCGUCGUUCUACGAGUACAUCCUGCAGAUCGACGCCGACACCGAGGUCGAGGCCUACUCGCUCAACCGCUUCAUCUCGGCCUUCACCAACGACAAGAAGGUCAUCGGCCUCUGCGGCGAGACGGCGCUGAGCAACUCGAAGAAGUCGUUCAUCACCAUGCUGCAGGUGUACGAGUACUUCAUCUCGCACUACCUCGCCAAGGCGUUCGAGAGUCUCUUUGGCUCCGUCACGUGUCUGCCCGGCUGCUUCUCCAUGUUCCGCGUGCGCACGCCCGACACGCACCGGCCGCUCUUCAUCGCCAACGCCGUCGUGGACGCCUAUGCCGAGAACCGCGUCGACACGCUGCACACCAAGAAUCUCCUGCACCUGGGCGAGGACCGCUACUUGACGACGCUCGUGCUCAAGCACUUCGGCAACUACAAGACGAUCUUCGUGCGCGACGCAAAGGCAAAGACGACGGCGCCCGAGGACUGGGGCGUGCUGCUCUCGCAGCGGCGCCGCUGGAUCAACUCGACGGUGCACAACCUGCUCGAACUGACGACCAGCUCGGGCCUGUGCGGCUUCUGUCUCUUCUCGAUGCGCUUCAUCGUCUUCAUCGACUUGCUCUCGACCGUCAUUGCGCCCGUCACGAUCGUGUACAUCAUCUACCUCAUCGUGCUCGUCGCCACCGACUCGGGCACUGUGCCGACAACGAGUCUGAUCAUGCUCGCGGCCAUCUACGGCCUGCAGGCCAUCAUCUUCCUGCUGAACCGCAAGUUCGAGAUGAUCAUCUGGAUGCUGCUGUACCUGCUGGCGACGCCGAUCUGGGCCUUCUUCCUGCCGCUCUACUCCUUCUGGCACAUGGAUGACUUCUCGUGGGGCUCGACGCGCGUCGUCGUCGGCGAGUCGGGCAAGAAGGUCGUGCUGCACGACGAGGGCGUCUUCGACCCGUCGUCCAUCCCGCUGCAGACAUGGGCCGACUACGAGAACGAGCUGUGGGAGCGCAACUCUGCGCGCUCCAUCGGCAGCAUCAUCGAGGCAGCACGCGCCGAGAACAAGUCGCGCGCCGCGUCGCAGAUGGGCUCGCAGUACACGCCCAGCCUGUACGGGCAGCCCGUGCUGCUGGCCAACUCGCCGAGCUUCCAGCACAGCCCCACGCCCUCGCAGUACGGCAUCACGCCCAGCGGCGCCGUGCCGGCCUCGGGCUCGCAGAUCGGCGGCUACUUCCCCGCCGCGCUCAACGACCCGGCACGGCAAAGCACGUACAGCCUCGGCGGCAUGGGCGGCAUGCCCGGCUCCGGCUACGGCACGCCGGCGGCGAUGAGCAUGUACGGCGCGCCUUCGGGCGGCUUCAUGCCGCAGUACCCCUCGACGCCAUCCAUGUACGGCGGCGGCAUGGGCCAGGGCUUCCCGUCCGGCCAGUUCGGCGGCACGCCGAGCAUGUACGGCGCACCGGCACCGUCGCAGUACGGCAUGGCUGCCGCUGCGGGCGGAGCAGCGACGCCGGCGAACCGCAUGAGCAGCUACACGUCGAACGACGCGGCGCUCAUCGACGUGCGCACGCCUGGGCAACUGCCGUCCGACGAGGUGAUCGCGCGCGACAUCCGGCAGCUCAUCGCCGAGUCAGACCUGCAGACGGUGACGAAGAAGAAGCUGCGCGAGCAGCUCGAGGCGCGCUACCAGGCGUCGAUUGCCGAGAAGAAGGCCUUCAUCAACCAGCAGAUCGACGCCUGUCUUGCCGACGUCUAAUGCUGCCUCUUCCUUCACGCAACGACCCCUUCCCCACGUCCAUCGACGCGCCACGCUCUCGUCUCAUCGGCGCGUCAAAGACACCUUUGACACCCUUGCCUCGAUCUAACCCACGCAUUUCACUCCACACGCACGUACGACCCUCUCUUAGUUCCCCUCUCUCUUCCCCUCUACCCGUGUAUCCCACUUCCUGGCUCACUGUCCCGUUCCGACAUCGCCUCGCGCCAGCGUCCCUGUUCGUGGCCGAGAAUGAAAAUGCCUCGUUGCUUAGACAUCAC